AUGGGAAGAAAACGAAAUGUAUUCAUACGUGAUUUUUAUAUUAUUGAAGGCUCCAAUGGAGAAUGUAAACUUUGUAAAAAAAAAAUUAGUGCACUCUGUUUAACUAAUAUGAAAAGACAUUUACAAAAGGACCAUAGUUAUAUAUAUGAUGACAACAGGGCUAAAAUAGAAAAGUGCAAAAACGAUAAAAAAAUUAAAUUUACCGUUGAAAUGUCCGUGAAUGAAGUUGUUAAUUCUUGCAUCACUUUGUUAACUAAACAAUCAGUGCCCUUGUCACAUUUUGACAGUGAGCCAUUUAAUACAUUAACAAACCCAAUAUUUGAUGGUCUACAUAUUCCAAAAAUAAACUCAAGAAAUAUUUUACACCAUUUGAAAGAUCAGUGUGAUAACUUAAAAAAUAAUAUAAGAAAUUUAACAAAAAAUAAAAUACUUUGCUUAAAAAUGGAUGCAGUUACUCGCCACGAUCGGGCUAUUUUGGGUGUAAAUGUGCAAAUAAUCACAUCCAAUAAACUUGAAAUAUUCACACUAGUCAUGCUCGAAUUGAAGCGGAAACAUACUGCGCAAUAUUUAACCACUAAAAUUGAAAAUGUUUUGAAAAGUUUCAAUAUAGAUAAGGCGCAAGUUUAUGCAGUAACCACUGAUAACGGCCGGAAUAUGGUGAAAGCGGUGGUACUGUUAUCAUUGUAUAGUGAUGACGAAGAAAGUGACAGUGAAAUAGAAGACAAUUACGAAAGUAUUGUGUGCAAUGUAAGAUUUGAAAAUAUUAUUUCUAUUAAAUGUGCUGCCCACACAUUGCAGUUAGCUGUUAAAGACUUUUUAGAUAACUUAAAUACAAAUGUAGUGAAUAAGUCACCGAAUUGUGUAAAAUAUUUGAGAACACCUGCAUAUCGACAUAGUAUUAAAAGUAGCCAAACCCUCAAACCAAUAUUGGACGUACCAACACGUUGGAGCUCCACUUAUAAUAUGUUGAAGCGACUUCUACACUUAAAAGAAUUUUGCUGUAAAAAUUUGCCAUUAUCCGAGCAACUCCAAAGACAUGAGUGGGCGGAACUAGAAAAAAUUAUGCAUGCUCUACAACCACAAAACACUGAAACUCAGCGAUUUUCCCGCUGGACACCACCUGUUGCAGAAGACUUAUUUCUAAUAGAUGAAAGCUCCGUUGCAAGCUCUCGAUCUUUAUUAGCUGACGGUUUAAAGUCAAUGGAGAUGAAUUAUUCAUCUUCGUAUGAAGAUGACAUUCCUAUGUCAAUAAAUGACAUCCUCCGAAAAGCGUAUUUUGAAAUAGAUAAUUAUAAAGAAAAACGUUUGGAUACUUCUGCUAAUUUAUUGGAAUAUUGGGAGAGCAAAAAAUUUGCGUAUCCAUGGCUUCAAGAAUUAGCUUUAAUUGUUCAUUCUGUACCUGCCACUCAAGUCAGUGUAGAAAGGUCAUUUUCGGCACUCAGAUUGAUAUUGGGAGAUUUGAGAUAUAAUUUAUCUGAGGAACAUUUAGAAUCGAUUAUGAUGGUAAAAUUGAACACCUGA